UUUUUGCUUAUAUCGGCAGAAUAGUAGUGUUUACUAACUAUAAUCAAUGUAUAUUUAUGCACACUGAUGUGUUACUGUCAAUAUUUUCUUCUAACAUUAAUAAAAAUAACCGCUUUUGUCCUGACCUGACCUCAAACAAUGCCAAAUGUAUGGAAGUAUAAUCUGGCUGACAGUCGAGGUAUUGUGAAUAAUAGAGCAGUGGUGAAUGCUCUGAACUUAAUAAGGUGAUUAAAGGACAAUGGCUCUUACCUGCUGGGCCCUGGACGUGAAGUGGGCAGGAAGCAUGUCUCGCAUGGUGGGCAUAUUGAAGGCCAUUGCCAACAGGUAUCCAGUGACUCGAGGAAUUGCCACCUACUCCCUGCUAUUACCUGCCAGCAACAUCACCCAGCAGCUGCUUGACCCUCACAGGAAGAAAUAUGAUCCUUAUGAAACACUGCAUUUUGGGGUAUUUGGGGCUUGCAUCCUUGCACCAUCCCUCUACUGCUGGGUGUGCAUGGCCAAUGUGAUUGUGAGGGUGGAAACUCUCAAAGGAGCUGUUCUUAAGGCCAUCAUUGAGCAGUUCACAUGGGCACCUUUUGCUUAUGCACAGUUUUAUGUUUGCAUAAAUCUUAUGGAGGGAAAGUCAUGGGAAGAGUGCAUCAGUCAGUGCAGGUCAAAAAUACCUCAGACAUGGAAGACUGGUAUUUGUAUUUGGCCACUGAUCCAGACAGUGAACUUCUGGAUUAUUCCCAUGAAACACAGGGUUUCCUUUGUGGCCUUCUUCUCUUACCUGUGGAACACCUUCCUCUCUUACAUGCAUCACAAACUGGUAGCAGCUAAAGAUAUAAAGGGAUGACUUUUUUAUGUAUGUGUAUAUCUAAAUCUUGUGUCCAGUGUCUUUCAGUAUGUUUAUUAUAGACUAGAUAUAAUUGUAGACAUGAAUAUGACCACAUAAAUAAUUGACGGUUAACUUGCUUAUAUAUGGCUAUUAUAUAUAUAUAUAUUUUUUUUUUUUUUUUCACUAUUUAUUUUUUUUUAUCUAUUUAUUUAUUUUUUACUGUAAUUAACAUAUACAUAUUAGGAAGAAAGUGCAUCUAGCAUGAUAUAAUGCAUUUUGUUUUAUGGUCUCUUUAAUUUUGUUUACUGCUGAGUAGGUACAAUUAUAGGCAUGAAUAUGGAUAUGUAAAUGAUUAAUGGUUGCAAUAUGGUGUCUUUCAUUAUGUUUACUGCUGAGUAGAUACAAUUAUAGGCAUGAAUAUGGAUAGAUAAAUGAUUAAUGGUUGUAGUUAAGGAUUCAAAAGAUAAUCAAAGAAUGAAAACUUAUUUGAUAAAGAAAGGAUAGUGUUCAUAAAAAGCUAAAUUGUGAAACAAUUUUGCAAUUCUUCUUUAAAUUUUAUAUACCUCAAAGGAUCAAAUGACUCCUUCAUAGUAUAGAUUGACCAUCACCACUUUGACACUAAUUUCAGCUAGCGUAAUUUCAAAUUUCUUGGGUCCCUUUACCAACCUGGUGCCAUUACUGUUUGUUGAAAAGAUGAUAAAACAUAUUAAAAGUUUUUAACACAAAGUUGGGGAAAAGGGACUGAUGGAGUAGUGUAAUAGUGAAACAGAAGCAGUACAAGAAUAACAGAAGAAGAAGUAGCUACUUGCUGCAUAAACAGCUGGUAUCACCUGCUCAGUUUUAGUCCAGCCAUGGCUCCAGUGAAUAAAGGAAAUGCUUCUCAUUGUGUAAAGCACAAACUCUGUGCUUUAUGCAUAAAAGAUAAUGUUGAUUUCUCACCAUUUCAUCCAAUGCCUGCUAGGGUAUACACCUGUCAGCAGCAGCUCUCCACCAGUCUUCUCCACACAUCUCAGUCCUUGUAGGUUACAUUCUCUUGCACUCAAGUGAGGCUGGUCCCUCUCCUCUCUAGUGGUUCUUCUACACCCUUUAUCCAUCUAGUCCUGGGUCUUCCAACUGGUCAUCUUCCAGCAGGCAUCCAACCCAGCAUUUUCUAUGGGUACCUUUGAUCUUCCAUCCUUUUGACAUGUCUGAACUACCUCACCUUCUAUUCUUCUAUUAAGUCCAGCACUGCCAUUACUCUAACUUCCUGUCUGAUUCUUUCAUUUCUCAGUUUGUCGCAUCUUGUCACUCCCUUUAACAGUCUAAGAACUUUCAUUUCAACUGCUUGGAUGCGGCUUUUCAACUUCUUGUUCAGAGUCCAGGACUCACUACCAUAUGUUAGUAUUGGUCGUAAUGUAGAGGCAUAAACUCAAAAACUCAAUUCCUCCAUCUAUCAACUCGACACAACCUUCCAGACAACUAUCCCCUCUUCUUCAAUGACACUCAGCUGUCCCCCUCUUCUACACUGAACAUCCUCGGUCUGUCCUUUACUUAUAAUCUGAACUGGAAACUUCACAUCUCAUCUCUAGCUAAAACAGCUUCUAUGAAGUUAGGUGUUCUGAGAUGUCUCCGCCAGUUUUUCUCACCCCCCCAGCUGCUAACUCUGUACAAGGGCCUUAUCCGUCCAUGUAUGGAGUAUGCUUCACAUGUCUGGGGGGGUUCCACUCAUACUGCUCUUCUAGACAGGGUGGAAUCAAAAGCUUUUCGUCUCAUCAACUCUCCUCUAACUGACUGUCUUCAGCCUCUCUCUCACUGCCGCAAUGUUGCAUAUCUAGCUGUCUUCUACCGCUAUUUUCAUGCUAACUGCUCUUUUGAUCUUGCUAACUGCAUGCCUCCCCUUCUUCCGCGGCGUCGCUGCACAAGACUUUCUUCUUUCUCUCACCCCUAUUCUGUCCACCUCUCUAACGCAAGAGUUAACCAGUAUUCUCAAUCAUUCAUCCCUUUCUCUGGUAAACUCUGGAACUCCCUGCCUGCUUCUGUAUUUCCACCUUCCUAUGACUUGAAUUCCUUCAAGAGGGAGGUUUCAAGACACUUAUCCACCAAUUUUUUACCACUGCUUUGACCCUUUUAUGGGACUGGCAUUGCAGUGGGCAUUUUUUUUAUUAGAUUUUUGUUGCUCUUGGCCAGUAUCUUGCCUACAUAAAAAAAAAAAAAGAAAAUAGUCCUCUUUCACUUGAGGAAUCUUCUUUUUUCAUAACAGUGGGUACAAUAUGUUUAGGGUAUUAUUGCAUUCAUUAAUCCAAAUGUUUACUUCAUAUUCCUGUUGGUUAUCUUUACAAAACUACUCCCAAAUAUUGUUUACCUCAUAUUCCUGUUAGUUAUCUUUUCAAACCUCUACUCCUAAAUACAUAAAAUGUUCAGCCUUUAUCAGUUGUUGACCUUCAACUCCUCCCUCAUCUUGAUAUCUGCCGACUUUCAUGACUUAUGUUUUUGUGAUAUUCAUCUGCAUCUUAUAUCUAUUCAACACUUUGUUCCAUUUUUCAAUUUCAUAUUGUAGAUCCUCCCAACUGUCUAACUACUGCUAUAUCAUCCACAUAUGCAAUCACCAGUCUAUUUGUAUUUCUGUCUCCCUCUACGUCCUUAACUAUUAUGUCCAUGUACAAAAUGAACUCACAUUGAACUAUCUGCCAUCUCUUUUCACUUUUUACUCUUUCAUUUUUUUUUUAUAUAUGUUCCUGAUUGCUUUUUUUAGACAUGUUAGAAUUUCAUAUUCAUCAUGUUUAAUGGCUUGCCAUAACUGAUGCCUUGGAUCCCUGUCAAAGACUUUUGUAAAUCUAUAAAUCCAGUAUACUUUGGUUGGUUCCACUCCCAACUCUUUUCCAUUAGCAUUUGUAAACUAAAUAUAUGAUCAUAUGUUCCUCAACCUGGUCUAAAAGCACUUUGUGAUUCUUUUAUUUUGUAUUCAACUAUAUUUCUCUAAUUUUUUUUACAAAAUUCUUUCAUAAAUCUUUCUGAUAUGUGACAGGAGGGAAAUGCCUCUAUAAUUCUCACAGUUUGUUUUGUCAACAUUUUUGUGUAUAGGGCAGAUUACUGCUCCAGCACAAUUUUCUGGAACUUGCUUGCCUUGUCAUGCCAGGUUCAUCAGGUCCAACAUCCACUUUAGUCCAGUGGGUCCUAUUUUCUUGAUUAUUUCCUCUGGGAUCUCAUCAUCCCCUGGUGCUUUUCCAUUUUUCAUCUUACCCACAGCUGCCUUUAACUCUCCUUCUGUUAUUAGGCAUUCAUUCUCUCCAAUAUCCUCCACCUCUACUUGUCUAAGGUUUUCUCUAUUUUCUUCUACCUCACCUUCACAUCACAGGAAGUUCAAUAGAUCCUCAAAAUACUCUUCGCCUGUGAUUGAUAUCAUGUGGCUCUAUUAGUGAGUUGUCAUCCUUGUAUUUAAGUACAGUUGCCUGUACUUGGAACCAGCCCUGGUUAGAAUACAUUUAACCCAACAGUUAACCACAUUAUCCUACCUUAAAAAUAUGUCUGAAAUAUGUGUCUGAAUGUCUUAAAAAAAAAAUCAACAGCAAUGUGUCUGUGCAAAGCUUGUGUGAAUUAUACAGCAUUGGCUUUACAACAGUUUAUGAAACAAAGAAACAGAAAGAAAAUUCCUUAAUUUCUUUGCUAACAGUAUCUACCAGAAAUGAAGCAUCAUUAUCAGUAUUGGUGGAAAAAAGUGGUAUUAGUACAAUCCCCCUUAUUAAUGAACUUGUACUGAUUUACGGGGGAUUUUAAAGAUAGGAUGAUGUGGUUAAUUGUUUUGUUAAGUGUAUUCUAACCAGGGAUGAUUCCAAGUACAGGUGACUGUAUUUCAAUCCAAGUUCAAGUACCUGGAUAUUUUUCAAGUACAAAUACAGUCACUUUGCUAUGUACUUGAGUCCAAUUCUAAUAUAUAUAUAUAUAUAUAUAUAUAUAUAUAUAUAUAUAUAUAUAUAUAUAUAUAUAUAUAUAUAUAUAUAUAUAUAUAUAUAUAUAUAUAUAUCAUUGUACUUAAGUACAAGUACUUUAUAUGAUAAAAGAAAUUCUUGUAACAGAUUUGUAAAGCACUAACGUUAGUAGUUUUUUGUACAUACACAUUAAUGAGUACACUAUUAAAAAAGUGGGCUUUAAUAUAGAAAAGUAAAUGGAAGUUCCUUUAUUUUAGCACGUCAUUGCUUUUAUCACAGAACUGCAAAACAAGAACAUAUACUUAGUGAAUAACUUGAAUAAGUAACACUGUAUUCCCUAUGCUGCAAAUCCAAGACUAUCCAUAUAUUUCUCAUAUCAGUAAUAAAACUAAAUUUGAUACAGAAUAUAAGGGUAAAUAUCAGAGUAUUAAAUGUUAUCCCUUGUUCUAUAUUAAUAAUAUAAUUUUAUAACUAAAAAUAACAUAAAUGCAGUCAAUUUUAUUGAUCACAAGUUCAUUCUUCAUGCAACUCAUUGUGCAAGUUUUUUGUUUCAUUUUCCUUAUAGUUCUUUUCUUGUAGUACAAGAAGUAAUCAUAGAAUUACUUCAUAAAUAUAGAUAAAUUUUUUGUGGCAUAUGAAUUCAAAGUAAGUUUUUAGCUUCAUUUUUUAUCAUUGCAAAGUUUGCUAGAAUCUAUAUACAAUAUAUAACUUUUGAUUGAAUACAAUGUAGUUGUUUGUAGUUGAAUGUACUUGGUAUUUUUCAAGUACAAUAUAACCCCAGCUAUCCAGCACCCAAGGUGGAUAGUAUGUUCCGGAUAGCUGGAUUUUCUGGUUGGUUGAGUGUUACUCUUAUAAAUAUUCUAUUCUCAGUAAAAACUAAAGUAAAAUACUGUACACUAGUAUUUGUAAGUAUGACAGAUACAAAUGAAAGAAAAAAAAAAAAUAUAUAUAUAUAAAAUAAAAGGACUAUACUUAACCGUCUGUGUUGACAUGUAAAUUUUCAGGGUACACACUAAUGUUCCUUAUUUACUACUGUAUGUAUAUCUUGUAAAACUAGUUCCUUAACACUAAUUUUAUUCUUAUGUAUCAUUAAUUAGAUGAAGAUGUUGGGUUAUUUGGGUUUUCUUCCACAAGCAUAGGCCUAUCAACCAGAGUAGGCUCCAACACCAACAAUGUUGAUGUUUGCUCUGACGCAACCAAUGUUUACAUUUAUGUUUGGGUGGGACCUUUGGCAUGGCAGAUAAUUAUGGAAACUGUAUGGAUAUCCAUCAGAAACAAAGUUGUUUAUGCAAGUGGCAGGGAGUACUCACAGUGCCACCAGUAGUGGGGAAACAAAACAUUCCGCUUGCACUGCUUGCCUGGUGCCAAUUUCAAAUAUUCAUGAUCUUUAAAUAUUGUUUUAUUUAUUUAUUUUUCCUUUGAAAAAAAUUUUGGUUGCUUGAGAAUUCUGGAUAGUCAGAUACCGGAUAACUGGUGUUAUACUGUACUUUGGGUCUAAGUAUAACUACAAGUAACAUUGAAUUUUUUUAACUCCAAGUACAUGAAAAUCUGUACAAGUACAUGUACAGUGAUACCUUGUUAUAUGUCCUUAAUCUGUUCCAGAUCCUUGGACUUAUACCAAACACAAUGCAUACCAAACAAAUUUUUCCCAUGAGAAAUAAAAGGAAAAUGAUUAAUCUAUUCCCAUGAAAAAAGUCUUAUUGUUAUUGGUAUAUUAUACAGUACAUUGUUGGGAUUGUAUUAAAUAAUUUAAGCACUGCUUAAUACUAAAAUACAUACCAUAUUUGAUGGAAUAUAAGAUGCACCCAUAUUUCAGUAGGGCAUUUUUUAUUUAUUUAUUUAUUUUUUAUUUAUUUAUUUUUUUUAUUUAUUUAUUUUUUUUUUUUUAUGUAUUUAAGUAUGUAAUGAUUAAAGAAAGCUAGGGGUACAGCUGAACAAUAAGCAAACAAUCACAAUAGUAAAAGUAUCCUACAUGAUUGCAAUAAUAAAGCAGAGAUAGUGGCCUAGUCACAGAGGUGAGGCGAAGAAUCCAGCCCAGCUGUCAAGAUGUCAACAACACACUUGGUGCAUCACUGAACAGGGCCGCAUUUUCAUUUUCAGUAUUUCCUUACAUCAUAUUAUGGUUUGCCUAUAAUACUUGGUGUAAAUCUUUGGGUGUACAGGUAAAGAAAAUUUCAAAAUAAAAUCUAUGGGAGACCUCAUUCACAUACAAGAUGUUGGGUGAUUUUUUUUUUAGCCAUUUUUAUGAAAAAGUUGCAUCUUAUUAUGCUGUUAAUUAUGGUAAAUACAAAAGCAAUUAGAUGAAAUAAAUGAAAAUUUUACCUCACCUUACCUUGCUGAGAAGAGUUGAAUGCCUACCAGAAUGGUGAUGAGAAGGGAGAUGUUAUUGUUUGAAAAGAGAGUCCCACCAGCCUGGCAGCACUGCUCAUGGGCAGUUGUGACUCUUGAGAGAUAAAACAAGGGUAAAGUGUGGUAUUGUGACCCAUUUUGACCAAUACAAGUUCUAGCAUGCGAGUUGUAUUCCAAACAAAGGUAUACCAAGCAAAUUUUUUUGCGUCCAAACAGGAAGUAUACCAAGUUGGAUUUAUUCCAAAGCAGAUGUAUACUGAGGUACCACUGUACUUAGAUCCAACCCUGAUUUUAACUUAACCUGUUUGUAAUUUGGUAAAAUCAGUAAUCCAAUGCUCUACAGGUUCUAAUCAUGCUGGAUUAUUGAUGGGUGACCUGUAUCAGUAUAUUUUUUAUAAAUAUAGCAGUGAAA